AUGCAAGCUACUACUGGCACGUUAUCUACGACGACUGGCACGAAGUUAUCGGUAGGAGUAGACCAGACUCAUAAGAGCUCUACCAAGACGACAAAAGCAUCCACAGAUGUCACGGCGAAACCUGUUCCACCAUCUGCCCUCAGCAAGAGUGUGCCCAAGGCAUCUUUGAAGCCUCUAGGAGUUGCAGCGAGUAAAUUUCAGCCUUUACAUCAGAAGCCCGCUAAUGCCUUGAAUGUGCAUCCAUUGACGGGGUCAGCAUCUUUUGUUCACAAAAGUAUCCACAAGUCGAUGUUUAAGAAGCAGCUUCCAUCGCAGCACCUCAAGGAUAAGUUUGCUUCUCCCACAGACAGCUUGCUUUCGCCUUGCUCUCAAAAGUUGAAUGAUCACAAGUCGAAGCUAUUCAAGGCCAAGCUGAAUCCGACUAGGUUGAAUUUCACCACGACAGCGAACGCUGCUGAUGACAGCGAUGAGGAUAUUGAUGAUAUUUAG